UAAUUGAACGAGCUUCGAAACUCGAAAAGGUCAUGGUUCAAAUGGUGGUCGAAGAUUUCGAAGAGUGUGUCAACGGAGGCAAAGUGAUUAUCAAGGAAAUGAUUCCAUAUGAAGUUGAUACAGUCACAUUAAGGCUUUUGGGACUAUGGAUAAAUGAAAGACUAAACAAAGGGAGAAAGCUGGUUCAUAAUGCAAAGAAAACUGAAACAUGGAGUCCGAUUUCCAAAUCCGACCGGUAUGCGUAUUCGGCCGCCGAGCUAAUGAACUUGACUAAGGAAACUGUGAACGAGUUCUUUCAAAUUCCAGUUGGAAUUACAGAGGAUUUGAUUCUUGAUCUAGCUGAAGGACUAGAGCAGGUCAUUCAAGAAUAUGUUACCUUCCUAGCAUCAUGCGGUUCGAAGCAGAAUUAUCUUCCUACACUUCCUCCAUUAACCAGAUGCAACAAAGAUUCAAUGUUGUCCAGGCUUUGGAAAAGGGCUAGUCCUUGUGGUGUUCGAGACGAAGAGAUGCACCAAACUAUGGCAAUGCAAUGCCAAAAUCCUUCCCCAUCGACGAGCCUCGGAACGCAAUGCCUCUACAUCCGCCUUAAUACGUUGAACUAUCUAAUCUCCCACAUUCACGCCCUUGAUAAAACUCUCGCCCUUUCGCCAAGAGUCUUAACACGAAACCGCAAUCAACAACAAUACGCUACUCCGUUUUCCUACUUUGAACGUGCCAACGGAUCCAUUCAAGCCGCUUGCGAUCACGUUUCGGAAACAGCCGCUUACCGCCUCAUCUUCCUCGAUACGAACCUAGUAUUUUAUGAGUCUCUUUACAUUGGCGGUGUAGCCAGUUCAAGAAUUCGACCCGUGAUAAGAAUUCUAAAGCAGAACCUCAUGCUGCUCACCAAUAUCCUCACAAACCAAACUCAAGCAUUGGCAAUAAAAGAAAUCACGAAAGCAUCGUUCGAAGCGUUCCUCAUGGUGUUGCUAGCAGGAGUGCCAUCGAGAAACUUCAAUCGGUCCGAUUACGAGAUGAUCGAGGAGGAUUUCCAGAGCCUGAAAAGGAUAUUCUAUACUUUUGGAGAAGGAUCGUUAUCCAAAAACGUCGUCCAACAGGAAGCAGAGAAAGCCAAAGGGGUGAUAUCAUUGAUGGGACAAACCACAGAACAAUUAAUAGAAGAUUUCAGCAUUGUCACGUGUGACACCAAUGGAAUAGGCUUCACUGGCAUAGGCCAAAAGCUACCAAUGCCACCAAAGACGGGAAGCUGGAACCGAUCCGAUCCGAACACGAUACUAAGAGUGUUGUGCCAUCGGAAUGACCGAAUGGCGAACCAUUUCUUAAAGAAAUCGGUUUGUGUUGAUAAUAUUGGUGUUUUUUUCAUUGAAUUGAUUGUUGUAUUAGGAUUUGUGUUGAAGAUGCUGCUGGAGUUGGAGGCAGGGGAUGGGAUUGGGGUUUCAGAGAGCAAGUGUACCAUGAUGAUAUGA